AUGGCUUCCGAUUCAAAUUUUGUGCAGGCAGCAAUCCCACGUUUUGAUGGCCACUAUGACCAUUGGAGUAUGCUAAUGGAGAAUUUUCUAUGGUCAAAAGAGUAUUGGUCGAUCAUUGAAUUUGGAAUUGAAGCAGCUGCAGCAAUUACAGUCUUAAUAGAUGUCCAGAAAACAGAAUUGGAAGUGCGAAAGCUAAAAGAUUUGAAGGUAAAAAAUUACCUUUUUCAGGCCAUUGAUCGUCCCAUCUUGGAAACGAUUCUUUGCAAAGAAACUUCCAAAGAUAUUUGGGAUUUCAUGAAAAAGAAAUAUCAAGGCUCAGCUAGAGUGAAGCGUGCACAACUUCAAGCUUUGAGAAGAGAUUUUGAGACUCUACAAAUGAAGGAUGGGGAAUCUAUCACCAGCUACAAUACCAGGACUAUGGAGAUAAGCAGCAAAAUGCGAUUUCAUGAAUCAAAAGACAUAGAUGCAUUCUCUCUUGAUGAACUACAGAGUUCUCCGCUGGUCCAUGAACAGAAGAUGAACAAAAGUUCAACUUCAGAGGAACAAGCUUUGAAGGCUUCUACCUCUACUCAUUUAUCGAACUCUAGAAGAAGGGGUAGAGGUCGAGGUAGAGGCAGAGGAAGGGAAGAUCGAGGCAAUAGAGAUGCUAGCAGGCUGCCUAAUGACAAAGAAAAUGAAGAGCAAUCAAAUUUUGCUACGAACGAAGUGGAAACUUUGUUGAUGACUGAUCAAGCCAAUCAGGUUCCUGACUCUGAUGUUUGGUAUGUGGAUACGGGCUGCAGUAACCACAUGUGUGGAAGUAAGUCUUCUUUUUCUUAUUUAAAUGAAGGCUUUCAUUCUACAGGUUAUGUAAUCACUAUUCAAAAUGGUGUUUGUGAGAUUUAUGAUCCUACUAAAGGAGCUAUUGCUGUUGUGAAAAUGAGUUCAAAAAGAAUGUUUCCAUUGAAGAUUGAAAGUGUGCAAUCUUAUUUGGUAGCCGAAGUAAAAGAUUCUUCUUGGCUGUGGCAUUUUCGUUAUGGCCACUUGAGUUUUGGUAGACUAAAGACCCUCUAG